CCUUCCUUGGUCCUCCCCUCACUCAUUUCACACUCUCAAAGCCAGGGAGUAAAACAGAGAAAAAUCCAUCCAUCAAUGGCGGCUUCGUCGCUUCUCUCUCUCAUCUCUGUCUUUUGCCUCUUAUUAGCUUCAGCUUCAGCAUCUAUAGCUCCCAAACCCAAAACCACCACCACCAUCACUAUCCCUCUCUCACCCUUCUUCUCCAAACACCCAUCCUCAGAUCCGAUCAAGACCCUCAAUUCCCUCGCCUCUGCUUCUCUAACAAGAGCCCGCCACCUCAAGCGCCCCAAACCCAGCACUCCCUUCGCCAAGACCCAAGACUUCCCUCACAGCUAUGGAGGCUACUCUGUCUCCCUCAGCUUCGGCAAACCCCCACAAACCACAUCUUUCCUUUUGGACACUGGCAGUAGCCUCGUCUGGUUCCCCUGCACCUCUCGCUAUCUCUGCGCCGAUUGCGCCUUUCCCAACAUCGACCCGGACAAAAUCCCAACUUUCAUUCCAAAGCUAUCAUCUUCUUCGAAAAUUCUGGGUUGCAAAAACCCCAAAUGUGCCUGGAUUUUUGGCCCAAAUGUGCUCUCUCGUUGCAAAGAUUGCAGCCGAUCUUCCCAAAACUGCUCGCAGGCUUGCCCUCCGUACAUAAUUCAAUACGGUUCUGGGUCAACCGCCGGGUUGUUACUGUCCGAGAGCCUGGAUUUUCCUGAGAAAACCGUCUCAAAUUUUCUCGUCGGAUGCUCCAUUUUCUCCACCCGCCAACCCUCCGGCAUUGCCGGGUUCGGUCGCGGCCCCGAAUCGCUGCCCUCACAACUGGGUCUCAGCAAAUUCUCUCACUGUUUACUCUCACCCCGCUUCGACGACACCACGGAGAGCAGUGACCUCGUUUUGUACCGUGGGCACGAUUCCGCCAAGUCCCCGGGCGUGAGCUACACGCCGUUCCACAAAAACCCCAUUACCAAUAACUCCGCAUUCCGUGAAUACUACUACGUAACUCUUCGCAAAAUCAUCGUGGGCGAUAAGGCCGUCAAGAUCCCCUACAAAUUUCUGGUCCCGGGGGCUGACGGUAACGGCGGAACCGUUGUGGACUCGGGUUCGACCUACACCUUCAUGGAAGGCCCGGUCUUCGAACCCGUGGCACGCGAGUUCGAGACCCAGAUGGCUAACUAUUCAAGAGCUCUUGACGUGGAAGCCCGGUCCGGUUUGAGGCCGUGUUUCAAUUUUGCCAAACUGAAAACGGUGAAUUUUCCGGAUUUGACCUUUCAAUUCAAAGGUGGUGCGAAGUUGGCAUUCCCCUUUGUGAAUUACUUUGCGCUUGCUGGUAACUUAAGCGUCGCGUGCCUGACCAUUGUGACGGACAGUGUGGUCAGUCCGGGGCUGGCCGGCGGGCCGGCGAUCAUAUUCGGCAAUUUUCAGCAGCAGAAUUUCUAUGUGGAGUACGAUUUGGAAAAUGAGAGGUUUGGCUUCCGGCAACAGAGUUGCAAGAAGUGAGCUGGCGUAACAGUAGGAAAAAUAAUAGCUGCCCGCGACGCGAUGGCCAUGAUGGGAAUUGGCCUGUAUUGGAUGGGCACGCCCAUGUGAGCACAGUUGGGUGACAAGUGGUGGAGUUGGGGCAGUGGCGGACACUGUGCCGGUGAAAUCCAGAUUUACUGAUUUUAUUUCAUUACAACGAUUGUGCAAAUAGUUAACGAAGUGAAAUAUUGUUACAGUAGAAGUCUAUCUAUCUCUAUUAUAUUUCAAUAAUAAUUUAUUGAAAAAAAAAAUUUAUGGAAUUUUUUAACGAGAUAUUAUUGGAAUAUGUAGUGUCGGUACUAGCCGUUACAUUUGUUCAA